AGCAAUGGCCGUUUGGCCUUUUGCUCGGCGAGCAAUCGUGGGGAAAGCCAUGGCGGACUACCAUCGCUUUGCAAAAAGCGAUCAGGUCAAACACUACUGUACAAUUUUAUACCACUACAAAGGGUCAAAUCAAAUGCUGCAUUAGCUACUCAAUCAAAUUUGUCUUCGAGCAGCCUCUCUAGGUUAUUCAAUGGCUUCUCUGCAGUCUAUUCUCAGUCCCAUUCCUCAGGCGGCAAACAGCCCUGCAGAAUUCCCUUACCAUUCUCAAAGCUCAAUACGUUUUGCUCGAUUUCGCUCUCUCUCUGUACACGAAUUGCGCAAUACCCGACGGUUGGGUUUCCGAGGAAUCAGAAUUGGGGGUUCGAUUGCAGAUACAGUUGGUCAUACUUGUGAUGCUCCAGUGCUUACUAGUUCAGAGGUUUUUGAAAGGUUAAGGGCAAGCCAAGAAAAUCAAGAAAACCAGCAACAAUACCUUGCCAUGUAUUCCAGCGUUUUUGGAGGAAUUACGACAGACCCAGCUGCUAUGGUAAUUCCAAUUGAUGACCAUAUGGUCCACCGGGGACAUGGUGUUUUUGAUACUGCUGCCAUAGUGGAUGGAUAUCUGUAUGAGUUGGACGAGCACCUUGACCGCAUUUUGAGAUCAGCAUCGAUGGCAAAAAUUAACCUCCCAAUUACAUAUGAUCGGGAGAUGAUUAGAAGGAUACUUAUAAGAACUGUGAGUGCUUCUAAGUGUAGGAAUGGAUCACUUCGAUACUGGCUCUCUGCGGGACCAGGAGAUUUUCAACUUUCUUCUUCUGGCUGUUAUCAGUCAGCCCUUUAUGCAGUUGUAAUUCAAGGUAAGCCGCCAUCUCGUUCAAAAGGCAUCAAAGUCGUAACAUCAUCAGUCCCGAUGAAACCACCUCAAUUUGCAAUUAUGAAAAGUGUAAAUUAUCUACCGAAUGUUCUUUCAAAGAUGGAAGCAGAAGAGAAGGGUGCUUAUGCAUCUAUUUGGUUGGACGAUGAUGGAUUCAUUGCUGAAGGGCCUAAUAUGAACGUGGCUUUUAUUUCAAGCGAUAAGGAAUUUAUAAUGCCUUACUUUGACAAAAUUCUAAGUGGGUGCACGGCUAAGAGAAUUAUAAAUCUUGCUGAGCGGCUGGUGAAAGAGGGUAGGCUUCAGAGUAUAAGCUGUGAAAAUAUAACCAUGGAGAAAGGGAAGAAGGCAGAUGAGAUGAUGCUUAUUGGGAGUGGAGUUCUUGUUUGCCCUGUACUGCAGUGGGAUGGGCAGAUUAUUGGUGAUGGAAAAGAAGGUCCAUUGGUUCAGGCGCUUUUCAAUCUCCUUAUCGAGGACAUGAAAUCCGGCCCCCAAACAGUCCGAAUCCCAGUUCCAUAUUAACCCAACCUGCCAUCUUUCUCUCAGAAUUUACUGAUGCAGCUCCCAUGAGUGCUGUUAGCUCAAGCUACAGGGUACGAGAGAGAGGACGGCAGUUCCACGAGUGAAUAUGUAAGCUAUUGUUUUGUUGACUGGUGCUGAUAGUUGGCUUGUUUUAAAGCUUUUUUUUUUUUUUCCUUUUCUUUUCUUUUGGUUUUGUUAGAAAAAGGGAUUAAUAAGUCGCUUUUUAAGUUUUAAAAGAUAUUUCUUUAGGAGUUUUUAAUGUU